CCGGUCCCCGAGUUAAAACAGGACGCGCCCGAUUCCCGGCACACGAGCCGGCGAGCCGCGCAACCUUCGACUCCGAGGGGAACCGCUCACCGGAGCACCACCGACCCGCGGACAUGGCCGACGAGGGGAAGCACCUGGAGACGGGCCGGGCCGACCGCUCCGUCUGGCUCAUGAAGUGCCCGACCAUCGUCUCGCGCGCCUGGCAGGAGGCCGCCGCCGCCACCGCCGCCGCCGAUGCGGGAGGCCCCAACCCUAACCCUAACCCCGUCGUCGCCAAGGUCAUCCUCUCCUUCGACCCGCUCAGCACCGACGAGGACCCGAACCAGUUCAAGAUGGAGAUGGCUCAAACUAAUAAUGGCAACACACCGAAGAAUUACUCUUUAAAUAUGUUCAAGGAUUUUGUGCCAAUGUGUGUUUUCUCAGAGUCUAACCAAGGGGUAAGACUAGGUUCCUAUAAUCCCUCCCCAGACCCCACCUUGUGUGGGAGCUUCUAUGCACUGGGUAAGCUUGCAUGCGAAGGAAAAGUCGAGCACAAAUUUGACAUGGAACCGCACAAAGAAAACCUUUCAGACUAUGCAAAAUUAUGCCGUGAGAGGACUAAAAAUUCUAUGAUUAAAACAAGAAAAGUGCAUGUACUUGACAAGGAGCAUGUGAACGUGCGCACAAUGAUUAGCAUGAUUGGUGGCGGGCCUCAUUCUGGUCCAAAGGACAAGAAGAAGCCGGCGCCAACCAGAACUCCUGAAGUGAAAAGAACACGCAGGGAUCGUGGGGACAUUGAAAACAUCCUAUUCAAGUUAUUUGAGAGGCAGCCGAAUUGGUCACUGAGGCAUCUAAUGCAGGAAACUGAUCAACCAGAGCAAUUCCUGAAGGAGAUAAUGAACGAUCUUUGUGUCUACAACAAGAGAGGACCGAAUCAAGGGACACAUGAGCUCAAGCCUGAAUACAAGAAGUCUGUUGAGGACACUAGCGCGACCUGAAGUCUAUAUCAUCUCUUAUGAUAUGCUAUACCUGAGAGCUAGAAGCCCGUAUGCUCUGAUAAGUUGAAUGUGGGUCAUCGACAGAUUCUGACUCCAGCCUGUUAGUUGCUGAUGAAUCGCGUAUGCUUCAUCUGGUUGUUCUUUGCAAAAGUAAUUUUUACGCUGUAUAAGCCUCGAGAUAUCUUGUUAUACCACGGUUUGCCGUAUCAAAGAUCCUGAGUUUUCAGCAUCCUUGUGUCCCGAAGGAAAAGUUGUUCAUGUUUCUGUGUA